GACUCUGUAGUUAAUGUAUUUUAGCAGACAUUAUAUAAGAAUGGAAUGAAGAGGUCAAAGAACCGUCGUGGGCCGUUUCUCUGAUCCCCCGUAACACAGCCUGUCUAAACUCAAAUCUGAUGAAAUAUAUGAGUUCAGAAAUUCAUGACUACAGGCAGAGCACAUUUGUUUUAGUGAACAAAGAAGAAAAACAGAGAAGCUCACCUAAAGAAUAUAAUCAUGUGUAGAGAAAGAGUAGAAGAAAAGAUGCAACCACAUUGCACUGGAGAGGCCUGCAUUUGUUUUAAGGGUUGUUGCCUUAAACCAUUUCCUGCACUGUCUGAGCCUCAAAUCUCCGCCACGAGUUACAGAACCACUUCCAGGCAUGAAUUUGCCGCGUCUACAGCCUCUUCUCUCUAUCCUGAUACCCAAUUUACUAACCAUGAAGCUAUUCCUUCAGUUGAAGAAUCAUUGUCCAAUUUCACCAAAGCUUAUCCGUUAUACUUGGAAACAUCUCAAGCUGAUCAAAUUCGAGGGAAGGAGUACUCUCAUCUUUCUCAUCCAGGCCAUGUAUGCCUUGAUUACAUAGGCCACGGUCUCUUUUCUUACGGGCAGCAACAAGGCCAUUAUGGUGCAGUUUCAAUUGCCUCUACAUCAUCACCCCCUUCUUCUUCGAUGCAGGAUUCUAGUGCUCCCUUCUUUGAUAUUUUAAACAAGUCCGGAGAUUUGUAUUCCCAGAUAAUGUAUGGUGGCCAGGAAUCAGAAUUUGACUCCCUCAUCCGGAAAAGAAUCAUGAGCUUUAUGAACAUUUCUGAGGAUGAGUAUUCAAUGGUUUUCACAGCCAAUCAGUUGUCUGCUUUUAAGCUUUUAUCGGGCUCAUACCCCUUCCAGUCUGGAACAGAUCUGCUCACCGUCUAUGAUUAUGAUAAUGAGGCCGUAGAGGCAAUGAUUGAUUGCUCAAAGAAGAAAGGUGCACAGGUAACAUCUGCUGAAUUCUCAUGGCCUAAAAUGAGAAUUCAGUCCACAAAACUUAGGAAGAUGAUAGUCACGAAAAGAAAGAACAAAAAGAGGGGACUAUUUGUUUUUCCUCUUCAGUCUAAGAUGACCGGCUCACGUUAUUCAUAUUUAUGGAUGAACACGGCACAAGAAAAUGGUUGGCAUGUUUUGCUUGAUGCUUCUGCAUUAGGAGCCAAGGAAAUGGAGACUUUAGGCCUCUCUUUCUUUAAGCCAGACUUUCUUUUCUGUUCCUUUUACAAGAUUUUCGGGGAAGACCCCUCUGGCUUUGGCUGCUUGUUUGUGAAAAAAUCCAGUGCUUCAGUAUUGAACAAUUCCACUUCUACUGGUAUGGGAAUUGUCCGUCUCCUACCAUCUGUAAGACCAUGUCAGUUUCUUGAAAAACUAUCCAAGACUGAUAAACAGUCAUCAGUAUCUGAGCUAAAGGAAGAGACCUUGGCUUUGCCAAGUUCAUCCUCCAUCUCGAUGUCUUUCCAGCAGAAUGAAGCAACCUAUGAGCUGGAAGAAGCUUCAGAUGCCAAGGAUAGACAAAAGCAACCACCAGUGUCUGAAAUUGUUGAAUUAUCUGAAAUCGUUGAACUAGAUAAGCCCGUCAACACAGACGAGCCACAGGACAAGGAAGAUGGAGGUACUGUAAAGUCAGAGAUGGAAUUUAGGGGUUUAGAUCACGCAGAUUCACUGGGCCUGAUACUGAUCAGUUGCAGAGCAAAGUACCUAGUCAACUGGCUGGUAAACGCGCUGACGAGCCUUAAUCAUCCAAAUUCAGAGAACGCGCUUCCAUUAGUUACAAUAUAUGGACCUAAGGUAAGAUUUGAUCGAGGGCCAGCAGUGGCUUUCAAUAUGUUUGAUUGGAAAGGCGAAAAGGUUGAUCCUGCACUUGUACAAAAACUAGCUGACAGAAACAACAUUUCUCUUAGUUGCGGAUUUCUGAAAAACAUAUACUUCUCGGACAUGCAAGAUAAUGAGAGAAAUUUCCUAGAGAGCAAAAAUCCUGAGCAGGCAGGAGCUUUAAGAAACAAAAAGGAUAAAUGCAAAUUAGGAAUAUCUGUUAUUACAGUUUCGCUUGGCUUCCUGACAAACUUCGAAGAUGUCUACAGGCUCUGGGAAUUCGCCUCAAAAUUCCUGGAUGCAGACUUCGUGGAGAAAGAAAAAUGGAGGUACCUGGCUCUUAACCAAACAACUGUUGAGGUGUAAAACAUGCUUUACAUUCUCUUAAAGAAAAGGCUUUUGAGGUUUCACAAAAUUGUUUCUCUAUAUUAAAUGAUUGAAUUGAUUCUUUUAUUUGUAUCUUUUCCCAAAAAUUAUAGAUUCAUUAAUGUGAAGAAUGUAUAUCUCAGCUGAUCUUUAAUCAGAGUGUUGGUAUUGAAGGGGAAA